UGCCGGGAGGAAGCGCGCAGAAUCGGGAGGCGCUGGCCGCGGGGACCCCUUCCCGACCCCAGCAGUAGAAUUGCAACCUUGCCAAUGGACCUGAUUGGUUUCGGUUAUGCGGCCCUUGUGACAUUUGGAAGCAUCUUGGGAUAUAAGCGGAGAGGCGGUGUUCCAUCUUUGAUCGCUGGUCUUUUUAUUGGAUUUUUGGCUGGCUAUGGAGCCUACCGUGUCUCCAAUGACAAGCGAGAUGUCAAACUGUCACUGUUUACAGCUUUCUUCCUGGCCACCAUAAUGGGUGUGAGGUAUAAGAGAUCGAAGAAAAUCAUGCCGGCUGGGCUGGUUGCAGGUUUAAGCCUCAUGAUGAUUCUGAGACUUGUCUUAUUGCUGCUCUGAGAAUCCAAAGGAACUGAAGACUAAAUUCAUGUGAUUCUACAGGCAGAGCAUACACUUUGUAUUUAAAAGAUAAGCUUCAACGUGGAAUGUUAAGUGUCUUAUUUUACGUUAGAAACAACAGAAAUGCUCCAAAAUGAACACGAGUUUGAGGGAUUUUUUUUAAACCAAAAACUCAGCUGUUUUCUACUUGUCAGAUAAUGAUUUUGUUAAAGAUAUUUAAUAAAUCAUUAUACACGCUUUCAUUUACUGUGUCUACUUUUAUAUAUGUGAAGUUUUUUUUUUUUUGACAAUUCCAAAUACUCAUGUCUGAUGUUUAAAUUAAACUAUAAGUUCCCAGAUAAUGGAAUGCCAGAAGUGAACUUUACAAAAUGCUGAUGUAGCUGCUUGUCAUUUGUGUGAUAUUAGAAAUUAUAGUUCUUCCAUUUUAAUUUUAUUGCUGCCAGUGUUAUUUUUCCC